AACCGCAGCUACUCGCCUGAUUUCAGUGAAAUGAUGAACAUCGACUGCAUGUCAAUAUCUUAACAUGAAUUAAUGUGCAGCGGAGAGUUUUCAAUUUGAGAACUUAUUCGAAUGAUCUGCAAUGAACUAUCGUUAGGCAGUAGCGAAAGCAGUUGGGUCAUUUUGAAAUAACCAAAGCAUUAUUUAGGGGCCAUGCAACGAAUUGGUUCCUUGGGAUGUCUGUUCCAGGCGCACUCACUAACAUUAGCCUAAUCUCAAGCUGGGACCUAGUUAUUUCACGUGUCAGUUGUACCUGCUGCUGCAGGGUGGUUAAAACGCUGCAGUCUGAUUCUCCAUAUUUCACAUCCACCGUGACAAGGCGUAAAUAAAGCCCCAGAACACGUCAAUCAUUCGCCCAUCUCCUCCGAUUCCUUCACAAAGUAAAGUUGAAGGUAUGGCCCUUAGGACACUUCCCCAAGUGUGUUAAUUGUCUGUAAAUUCGGGGUUUUUUUUCCUUCUAGGAAAAAGCAACAGGUUAAAAUUUGCCAUCAACUAAGAAAAGAAUUCUUCGUAGCCAUAAUAAUCCUAGAUAUAUUCAGAUAAAAUGGCUCGUUGUGCGCACCUGAUUGUUACAGCUGAUCAGUAACGUGUGAAUGCGUGUAACCUCUUCAAUCCCUUGGUUUAGAAUCCCAUACAAACAGAAAAAAAGGCGUCGGUGUAGAAAAUCAUGGGAUAUCAAUUGAAUAAGUCAUUAAGAAGAUUAAGACGCGUGCAAAGAUGGUCCGGUAUUUGUGUUGCAUCAGGUGUCCAAUAAUGUUCAGAUAUUCUUCUCGCCAUAACAGUAAAUUCACCCUUUUUUAUUUGCCUAAAUAGAUGUCGAUGAGUGCACAAGUAACCCAUGUCUGAACAAUGGAACUUGCAAAGAUCGUCUGAAUGGGUACAACUGUAGCUGCCCUCCCGGAUAUAGUGGAACUCGUUGUGAAACAGGAUUGUUCGUGAAUGUGACUAGUUCAUGUCCAGAAGUACAUAUCAAGACAUCCAUGUCAGGUGGAACAAUUAAGUCAAGUCAGUAUCCGGCAAGUUCCUACAGUAUCAACGCGAAUUGCCGAUGGCAUUUCACUUCAAACGCCAAGUUGGAACUUGUUUUCCUUCAUUUUAAAACGGACUCUUCUGCUGAUUACGUUAGCGUGUACGAUGGAAAAUCAGCUGCAUCACCUCUCAUUGGCAGAUUUAGUGAAUCUUCUCUCCCCCCGCCUAUCAUGAGUUCUUCUGGCGAACUUUAUGUAACGUUUACAACUGAUGGGAUCUUCAAAGGCGCAGAAGGAUUCUCAGCAAUAUACCGAGCAAUUACAAAUGGCUCCCUCCGUCUUAACGGUAGUACGCCAUCGUCUGGAAGAGUUGAAAUCCUCCAUAAUGACCAGUGGGGCACAAUAUGCGAUCAUGGUUGGGACAUCAAAGAAGCGAACGUAGUGUGUAAACAGCUUGGUUUCUAUAAAGCUUCUCGAGCCUUUAGCGGCGCUACUCAUGGUCAAGGCUCUGGACCAAUAUGGAUGGAUGACUUGGCAUGCUCUGGAAAUGAGUCGCAGCUGCACGACUGCAGUCACGGUGGAUGGGGUAAACAUAACUGUACCCACAGUCAAGACGCCAGUGUAGAGUGUUCUUCAGUUCGCUUGGCAAAUGGUAAUGGUAGCUAUGGUCGUGUGGAGGUUUGCGUAAACGGAAUCUGGGGCACAGUGUGUCGUGAUUCCUGGGAUAUCAAUGAUGCGCACGUGGUGUGCCGCCAACUUGGCUUCUCCAACGCCUCCUCUGCUCCUCUGGAUGCCGCAUACGGUGAGGGAGUUGGUCCCAUCUGGAUGGAGGAAGCUGGGUGUCAAGGAGGAGAGGCUUCGCUUUUUGACUGUGCUCGAAGUGGUUGGGGAAUACAUAACUGUGGUCACGUAGACGAUGCAAGUGUUGUUUGCAAAACAUAGAUGGUUAAUGGCAAUUAUCAAAACUGCUGGUGGUAACAUAUGGUAGUUUACUUGAUAAUACCUGAAUUAACUAUAAAACUGAACGCAUUUUUUUAAUUAGUUAAGCAGAAGUGCUUGUAACGACAGUUCAGAAAUUGACCGCGAGGGUACACUUCCCCUCCUGCUGUUUCCUGAAAGACCAAAAUGGCUUAUUUCACCCCGGCAGUACAGUGGUGUUUUCUGUAUCUAACAAGACUGGCUGAGGCUUUUAGAGAUAAUCUGUUUGUUACAUGUACCUGCUACGCUUAGAAUGAAACUACUGCACGAUCUUUGUCUGGUCCUGAUAGGGUCAGAUAUAUAUAGUCAUUUUAUCGCUUCAUAUAGUCAGCAUUUUCGUCCUUUUCAGAACCAUAUCACCUAGAAUAGGUGAUAUGCUUCUGUCCUUUUAUAUAGUGCUAGUCAUCUUUUUUACCGCUACAUUAAAAUACUGGUUUCGAUAAAUGUGUUUUAAUGACACACGGCCAACUUUCAGGUGCAACAUAAAAUUGCUGUAAAAUAACUAUAUGUUACACUUUAAGUUGUUGGCGAAGAAUUGUUUUUCUCUUAGUUAAAAAAUAAAAGGGAGGUGCUGACUAUUAAUUGAGUAUUAAAUAAUAACAAUAAUAUUAAUAAUAAUAAUAAUAAUAAUAAUACCAUAAAGAUAAGGAUAAUUUGGUAAGUCGCAAACCAAGAAAGAUUUAUCCCAUAAAAAGCCGUUCAAAUCUUUGGAACUUACACUAGAUUUUGAUAGCGUUUUAAUCUUAAAAAGAAGUCUCAAAAGAGCAUAAACAAAGACGUUAUUUACACCCUCAAAAUAUUAAUACGCACUAAAAAUCCUCCAUUAUAACAAAAUAAAUAAUGCAGAAAGUGAAUUCCACGAGAAAAUAAUUUAGCACUUAACAAAAUAUAAGCAAAUACAUACUCGCAUACACCAAAAAAAUAGUCAGUGUCAAACCAUUAUCUUACAACAUACUCGCUUACAGUUUUGUUGUAUGUGUUUUCUAGUAACAUAACAAAAUAUAAGCAACGAAGUAAACGCUUACCGUUUUGUUACGUAUCGCGGUAUCAACCUAUAAGCGAGUAUAUAUACGCAUAGUUUCGUUAUAUGUAUGUUUUCUAACAUAGCAGAAUAUAACCAAUGAAAUAAACGCGUGUAUAUCGUUUUGUUACAUGUCGCCACCAAACCUUGCUUAUUGUUUUUGUUACACGAUAAUUAAAUCUAGGCAGCUACCCACUCGCUUAUCAUUUUGUUAUGUACAUCUUCUUAAUAUCACAUAACGGGUUAUGUCCAAUGUUUCAAGAACCUGAGCUGUUAACUUUCAGCAUAUACAUACCUAGCAAAAAUUGACCCAAGUACCC